AUGCCGGCAGUAUCAUCAAUCGUUAUCGACACGCCUCCCCAAGACGUCUGGAAGGUCCUCGUUGAUUUCCCCAGCUGGCCGACUUGGAACACUUGGUUCUUAUCCAUCCGUGCCCACUCGAACCCCCUUGAACAAGGCACACUGGUCACCUUUUCCAAUAAGAUGUCUGAAACCGCGAAGCCCGGGACAUAUACGGCACGCAUCACCACUUGGAACCCCGACGAGACAGAGUUUGCGUGGAAGGGCGGUCCGCUGCCCGAAUCGCUGGGAUGGGCUCUGAGAGGCCUUCAUUGGUUUAGGCUUGUGGCGCAGGAUGGCGGGAGGAAGACGUUGUUCGAUCACGGUGAAGAUGCAGAAGGGUUAUUGAGCGUGUUGAUUCCAGGCAGUAUGAUGAGCGGUUUGGUCAAGCAGCUGGACAAGUUUAAUGACGAGUUGAAGAGACGGGUUGAAGAAGGACCAAAAGCCACCGCCCCUUGA